AAGCUGCACAGAAAUAAGGUCAGAAUGCUAUUUUAAGUUAAGCAAUGCCACUCUCCCAGGCCCUUAUUUAGACAUAUUUGUCUACAACAAAAAUUGUUGUCUUCAUUUACUUUGACAUGAGUUAUUAGAAAGUAGCUGCCAAAGAAAAAUGGCACUGUCUUGCAAACAACUCUACUGUAUUUUUUCCACGUCUUGCUGCUUGAGCACUAGACCACAUCAAACAUCCUGAUAAUUAAAAAAAACAAGAUAAAAACCAACAUAGUAGAUAGUUUUAACAGCCAAUAUGCACCCAAAUAUGUAGCAUACAGGAGCCAAUUCAGAGCAUUCAUGGGCUCUUUUUAUUUCGUAAAACUAAAGCUUACAGAUUUUCAACUCAUAACCACUCAGAGAGACAACCACAAAAAGUGUAUCAAUAAAACCCAACAGGCUUCCAGGCCUCUAAAAUUUUUUUGAACAUAAAGUACAAAAAAGAUACCACGUUACAUUACAGUCUUGCUGCCUUACACACCAUCAUAAAAAGUGAACAAACAUUCAGUAACUUCAGGCGUACCAUUAAAAAGAUACCAGUAAGUGCUCCAGUUUUCUGUACCAUACAACUUUAUUUCAGUAACAUCUUUCUAGGCAACGUAUCCAAAAUAUUUGACUCUAGCAUACCUUCAUACUGCAAAUGUACUGAAAUAGGACAUUAAGUCUUUCUUCCCUCAAAAAAAAAACAAAAAACCAUUAAGUUUUAGGUCAUAUUAUAAAAAGUAACCAUGUGGAAUGUAACAAGUCAUAAUGUGAAAUCAAAGUGCUUUAUUCCAAUAGCGCAGACAGACACAAGUGGUUAUCCAGCCAUUCUUUAGUAUAUCUCAAACACCAAAAGAGAUAUUUGCUCUGUUGCACCCCACCUUGCAGAGACCUUUGGACCAUUAUGGUGAAAUUUCACUGACAGCUAAACAGUAUCAGCAGACCAGCAAUUUCACUUUGAUACUUCAAAUAAUGAGUUAUAAAUGAGGCAUCUUUUCAUCAUUAUUCAAGUUCCCUUAAUAAUUUGUGAAGUUCUAGUGUAUUAUGUAACAUUAUAUUCCAGUUAGUCUCUUAAAAUCCAAGAUACCCUCUAUUUGAAAACUUCAAAUUAUUUCCCUAGAACCCAAUAGCUGUCUAAGACUCAGCAUUUUUGUGCAAUUCUUUGCUACUUGCAUGUGAAGAGAGAAACAGCUAACUCAACAGCCUGUAUGAAAGAACUAUAAACUCUCAAAGCAGAAAACAACUUUAAUAAGGUUUGGACAUCAGUAGUUUCAUGGAAUAUGCACUCAAUUCAGAUGGUCCCAUACUGAAGAAUACUCAUGUUUUAACUGUUCCGUCAGAAAACGUCCUUCCUACAGAAGUUUAAAAACCUAUUUAUCUUGCAGAGAAAAGUUUAAGACUUAGGCAUUUAAUUAUCUUUCCUGUUACAACAAAAUUAGCUCUACAUUGUAACAUGUAUGAUUAAUCCUCCCUCUUUCAGACACCUCCCUGCACAGGUGUACAGUUUAAACCGGGAGGACUGAAGGAAAAUUUCUGGUCCCAUCCCACAGACAUAAAGACAAAGCACUUUGCAAGACUGGUUUUAUCCAUUGCAUUUGUGGCAACCAACCCAAAAUGAAGGCACAUGAAAUCUAUAACAUUAUAGCUUAUAAAUUGUAAACUAAAACUGAACCUCUCUAUAAUUUCUAGUCUUUUUGCACAGAAGUAAUGACCAGCACCUAUGCAGAGGUUCUAUAUUAAGUUUAAUGCAGCUUUUUCCAGAAAUAGUUAAGUGCCACUUGCAUGCCUGUGCAAACACUGCCAUUUAUUAGGUUUUGACAUGAAGUGCAGAAACUGGUUGUUUAUCUGCAUGGAAAGUCUGAUGCCAAUGCAUCAGUAGCACUUCCUUCCCGUCGCUUAUGAGAAAUGUAAGUCACUAGCAACAGCUCAAAAGUGCACACUCCUAGCAGCAGGUUUCCUGUCAGGUGUUCUACAGCCUGUGGCAUGCAUUUAAUCAGUGUCUCAAUUUUGGAUUUUAACAUGUCAAAGCCUAUCUACUUUUGGUUAGUUACAGGCCAGGCAUGCACAUGCAUCUUAAGGAAGCCAGCUCGAAACAUGCUUUGACAGAUGCUGCAUUGAAACUGGCCAUACUUUAACAACUAAACACAGAUGAGCUGCUAAACAUACUGAGUAGCACUCAGGAUCCAGGGUCAGCUCAAUACCCCAGCUCUUAAGGAAAGCUGAAUAUGGAUAUUAAUCUGCCUCCUAGACUUCACUGAAACUGCUACCUUUAAAGCAGAGAAACAAGAUUCAAGGUUUCCGAAAGCUUCAGCAGACGGAUAGGCUUGUCAAUCAGAUUAAGACUUACUAGGUUGUCAAACAACAGUUCAAAGUCUUGGCUAUCACUUCUCUAGAAAGGUAGGUUUAAAAGAACUCAAACACCACUGCCACCUCUUAGCUAGAAUGUGUAAUUAUGUUGCCUCAUCAGAAUGAUAAACAGGGAUAGUGUUUUGGAGUUCUAUUUUUCACCCUAUGUGUGAAUUCACAUGCCUUUCUUUUUUUGUUCUUCCCUUCUCUUAUUUUUUCUCUGUUUCCACAGUUAAGUUGAAGGGAUUGGCACACAAAUAACUAGCAAACAUAGACCUGUAGCUAUUGCAUUACAGAACCAUAUUAGAGUUUCAUGAAGAUUUCAUGCAAUGGUGUCUGUGCUCUCUUAUUCUAAAAGAGAACGAUUUUCACAGGUAACACAUACAACACAGUUUUGUGAUUUUAAAUGCAGUGAGUUACACAAAGAACAAGAAUUGACCAGACUUAAUAACUGGAACUGCGCUAGGUCUGGCACUUGAGAAUUCACAGUGAUUAAAAUAAAAUUGCUUUGCCUAAGACAAAACAUAAGAUACCAAAUAGAUAUAAAACUCUUUGCUUCUAUUAACUUGUAUUAGUAUUCCAACACCGAUAAGCAAGCUCAGUAGUACCUCAGACAGCAAAGACUUCUGCACAUGGUUAACUUUAUUCAUUGCUUGCAGUGCAAUUAUUUUUUUUUUAGUAUUAUAUACAUGAUGUCAAAUCAAGCAAUUUUCAAUGCAUAAAGUCAUCACAGGCUCAACUCUUUGAUGGAUUGAAGCUUGGAUUAUGACAGGAAACCACUCUGUACCAUCUCGUUUUGUGUACCCAACUCCACACUGUGCCAGGUGGUAUUGCUGCUAAAGAGAAACUUAAGGUAUACUUGUCUAUUACUGAGGUGCUCUUCUGACAUAGCAAGUUGUUUGCUGAUAGUUUAUAGUACCAGUGGAUAAUGUAAGAAUAAAGCAUUUGCACUUUUCUUUCCCCCACUCACUUCACUAAUCCUAGUAGAUCCACUAACACAGGUUUACAAUCACAAAGCCGAACUUUACGAUCUUUAGAGAGAAAGGAGCACAGCUUUUAAACACCCCAGCGUUUCUCAACCCACCCACUGCCUCCCAUUCCAGCACUGAGGGCCUGGCUGGAGCAGCUGCUCCCAGAGCCCCGCUGACCUGCUGGGCUCACUGACCACACCGAACUGGGAAUUAAAGCAAGACACUCAGGACUCUUCUGGCCAGAGUCCACGAGUGUAGACGAGCCCCACUCGUACCUGCCUCACCUUCUGUGCUACACCUGAGGGCACUUUGGUCCGUGCAUCCACCUCCCAGACCUCCUGCUCCCCGGCCUUAUCCAAACACAUUGGACUUUGGCCUAAGCUUGAAUGACGAUUUCAGGGAUUUCUCCUCAUGCUCUUCCUCCUCAGUGUCACCACGAAAGGAGGGCGUGUUGUGGAUGAUCUGAGUCCUGAAGCGGAUCUUAUUUAGCCGAGGCUUCAUCCGUCCGCUGCCAGAGGCUUUCCUGGUCAUCUCCUUGCCUUUGCCGAGCACCGCCGCCCCAUCGGUACCGUCAGCUUCCUCCCCAGCGCCGUGAUGGUGGUGGGAGAGCCGGUAGUUCAUGAGAUUAGACGGCAACACCUUGGAGAGCCUCCAGCGCCCGCUCCCAUUGCCAGCAUUCCCUUCCUCCUCCUCCUCCUCCUCCAGGGCCCCCACGAGGUUCCGCAUGUCCCCCGAGGCGCCCUGCUGCAGGUACUGCGCGGCCUUGCGCCCGCUGUAGUCGCGGAUGUCCACGUCGGCGUCGUAGGCUCCCACCAGCAGCUUCACGACCUCGGCGUGGCCGUGCAUGGCGGCGAUGUGCAGCGCCGUGUGCCCGCCGCUCGUGCGGGCGUUGAUGUCCACGGGCAGCCCGUGCCGCUGCGCGAAGUUGACCAGCGUGGCCAGCAGCUCCUGCCGCCCGUGCUUGGCGGCCCAGUGCAGCACCGUGAAGCCGGUGAUGAAGUCCCGCUUGCAGAGCAGCGCCGGCUCGCAGCUCAGCAGCCCCUCCAGGCUCUCCCACCGCCCGUCCGAGGCCGACAGCAUCCAGGCGUGCUCCAGGGGGUCCAGCGCCACGGAGCCGGUGGUGCUCCCCUCCUCCUCGGCGGAGGAAGAGGCCACCGAGGCGCUGUCCGAGUCGCGGCCGCGGCCCCCGCCGGGGAGGGCGCCGCGCUUCAGCUGAGGGGAGCUGCCCCGCGCCGCCUCCCGCAGGCUCCGGCGGCCGCCGCCCUGCGCCGCCGCCCCGGGGGCUCCGUCCGCCGCCCCCGCCUCGUCCGCCGCCGGGGGCCGCCCCGGGCCCGCCGCUAUCGCGGUCUCCUCGCCGCCGCCGCCGCCGCCGCCUUCGCCUCGCCCGGGCGGCGGCCCCCGCCGGGAGCCCCUCCGCUGGCCCCCAGCCACCGCCGGGCUCGGCCGGGGCGGCUCGCCCCGCUGCUCCGGGGGCUGCGGGCGGAUGCCGGCAUCCUCGCCAGUUGCCGGCGGCGUCUCCUCAGCGCCUGCCCGUGGGGAGGGCGGCGGGCUGGGCUGCUUGGCGCUGUUCUCCGCCGCCGGCUCCUGCUCGCCGGCGGUCAGGGGGGCGGUGGCGGGGGGCUCGGGGGCGCAGUAGCGGCGGCGGAGGUGCACGUACUUGACGCCGGUGCCGGGUUCCUGGCGCACGGUGGCCACUGCGUUGACCAGCUCCUUGAAGCGGUGCCGGGCGGCGGCGCGGCGGGAGGGCUCCGCGGGGUUCAGCCAGUCCCGGAAAUGCUCCAGCAGCUCCGCGUUGCGCGCCCGCCCGCCCCGCGCCGCCAGAAACCGCACCACCGACUCCUCCUGCAGCUCCGCCGGCUCCGCCAUCUCCGCCGCUACCCCAUCGCGCCGCCGGCGCUCCUCCUGCUGCUACCGCCGCCGCCGGCGAUGGUGGUGGCAGGGGCGGUGCGGGCGCGGUGGAGCCGCCGCUGCCCCCGCCCCUCCUCCGGCGGCAGCAUGCCCGGCAAUCACUGCCGCGGCGGCGGCACCGCGCCGCCCUCCGGCCGGGAGGCGCCCGCCAGCAGCGCCCGCCCCGGCGGCGGAGCCGCGGCCGCAGCCCCUCCCCGGCUCCUCCCCGCCGCGUGGCUCUCCCUUUCGGCGGCACUUUUGGCCGUGUCCUUCCCUCCCUGCCCUCCUCCCUCCUUGUCUUCGCCUGGCGGGGCUAUGGCCGCUUCCGAUGCCGGUGGGCACCCGCAAAAUGUUGGCUGUCGAACUUUGUCCUUGUCUGCACAUGUUGGGUUUGACAGCUUGCCUGACCAACUGAUUAGGAAGUCCAUCAAGCAUGGCUUCUGCUUCAACAUUCUUUGCAUUGGAGAAACUGGAAUUGGGAAAUCAGCUUUGAUGAGCAGUUUGUUUAACACCAAUUUCGAGGACUCUCCAUCAACACAUUUUCUGUCAAGUGUGCAACUUAGAGCCCAGAGUUAUGAACUCCAGGAAGGUAAUGUUCUUUUGAAGCUCACCAUUGUAAAAACUGUGGGAUUUGGUGACCAGGUGAACAAAACAGAUAGCUAUCAGCCAAUAGUGGAUUAUAUAGAUGCACAAUUUGAAGCCUAUCUCGAGGAAGAGCUGAAAGUUAUACGUUCUUUAUUUAGCUACCAUGAUACUCGCAUCCAUGUCUGCCUCUAUUUCAUUUCACCUGCAUGCCGCUCCCUAAAAACCAUAGAUUUGUUAACUAUGAGAAACCUAGACAGUAAGGUGAAUAUUAUACCAGUUAUAGGCAAAGCAGACAGCAUUUCUAAAACUGAGCUACAAGAGUUCAAGAAAAAAAUAAUGAGUGAAUUAGUUAGUAAUGGCAUCCGGAUAUACCAGUUUCCUACUGAUGAUGAAACGGUUUCUGAGAUUAAUACCAUAACAAAUGCUUAUUUGCCAUUUGCCGUGGUAGGAAGUAUGGAGAAGGUGAAAAUUGGAAACAGAAUGGUGAGAGCUCGUCAAUACCCUUGGGGCAUUGUAAAAGUGGAAAACGAGAGCCACUGUGACACUAUAAAGCUUCGCAGGAUGCUUUGCACAAAUAUGGAAGACUUAAGAGAGAAGACUCAUGCAUAUUAUGAAUCAUACAGAUGCUGCAGACUGAAAAAGUUGGGUUGCAGAGACAUUGGCCCUGAGAACAAAUCGAUCAGUCUACAGGAAGUCAUUGAGGCAAAGAGGCUCGAGUUCUGUCUUGAAAAGGAGAGAGAAGAAGAGGAGAUUAAACAACGAUUUGUGCAGAAAGUGAACAAGAAAGCAGCAGUGUUGGAAGAGGCAGAGCAACAGGUACUGACUAAAUUUCAAUGCCUUACACUAAUGCAUCAAGAAGAGGAGCUGAAAUUAGGGGAAAAGAAAAAACUUCUAGAAGAUGAAAUAGCUCAGUUUAUUGAGAAGAAAGUUAUCACUGAAUCGAUUCAGUCACAAGUGUCUGUCUCUACCCCUGUUGUUAGUUUGAAGACACAGGGGCUGCAAAAAAACCAAGAUUUUCAGCUUGAAGUCCAGUGCAUUCAUGUCAGAGAUGAAGGAACUAUGGAUGUUGGAGAGCAGAGCGAGAGGGAGAGUGAGAAGGAGGAGUUAGAGAGAGAAAUUCAUCCAGGGAAUUUCAAGAAUAGUGUUUGAUUGCAGCACUCAGGUUUUGAAUGUGGGAUAUGUUAGUAGUUUUAUGAAGUGAUCUAACUGCUGUUGUCCCAUAUUAGAUGUGUCUUCCUCGUACAGAUUUUUGAGAGGAGAGGUUGAUAAAAUUGGCUAUAACAACAAGGUACAGAAUAUGACCCAAUAAAGAUUUCACUUUCUUCCCACCCACCCACUUCUUUCUUUCAGCACUCUCAAAAGAAAAACUUGAAUAAAUUGUGAAAAUUCAGAAGUAUUUUUGAAAGUAGUGCCCGAAAUAACAUGCCCAAAUGCUUUAUAUAAAAACCAUGGAAUUAAAUACUCAUAUAUUAAAUUAAAUUGACUUAAAUGUUUCUCCUCCAAAACCAGAAGUCAAUUAACUUACUCAUUUUCUUUCCUGAUAGUUCACAAAUUUACUGCAGAUAGCAUUUUGUUAAUUAAUAACUUCCUGCAGUUGAAAACAGAUUUCUUGGUUCUAUGUUUAUUUUUAACUGCUAGAUUCUGAAGAACUUUAGAAGCUACAUUGGUGCACUGGUACAUUGGUAUUUUCACAGAUAUCAUCAAGCUUUGACAUUUUUGGAGUGUAUGCUAGAAGCCAGAUUUGGCCAAAAUUUAUUGCAUUUCAAGUACUGUUACUGAAUUCCUUUUCCUAGAUUCCUGUUUUUUCUGUAUUUGCAUAUGAAAGUGAAUAUGAAUUUGUGGUAACAGAAGUCAUUGUUUGCACUACUAUAAGUAACUGGUUUAGUUUUAUUUCUUCAGAGUAUGUUAAGUUUAUAUGCUUGCUGUGGUUUUUCAGUUCCAUCUUUAUGUAAUGCUGAUGACAGAAGAUACAAUAUUGAUAAUUUCUCAUGAGGAAGCAGUGAUUCAUGAGGUGGUGUUGAAGGUAUAGGAGUUCCAGUUUCUUACUAAAAUGUUGACUAAUCUCUUGUUGCUGCGUUCUGCAAAACAGUAUUUUUUAAGUAUGAUCUGUACACACACAGUGUGGUGGUUACUGUCACUGUCAUCACAGGCUUUCUGUUACAGCUCUGCCUUACAGAAGUGUGGUCAACUAACUUUAAUAUUAAAUUGUGCCAAAGAAGGUGUCCCUGCCAUAAACAGUUCCAUUCAAACUAUGACAGACAAUGAAUAGUGUUGUGCAAAAGUAUAUCCACUACAAGCUUCCUAAAGAGUUCUUUUCAAAUGGUAUUGUUUAUUAGUCCACUAAGUGUUAUUUAAUACAACUAUUGACAUAUUUGAACCAUUUACUGAUUUUGCUGACAGGUUUUUGUUUAUAGGCUCUUAUGUACAAGCAGUGUUCUAAAUUUAAUGUAUGGUCUUUUAAAUCAAAAUUUACUGAGAGAUUUUUUGCAGUGCUCUACUAUUGAAGGAUAGUUCAUCUGAUACUACUAACUUAGUAUGGAAAGUACAUAUAGUUGAUGUUUUUGAGUGUGGUAUUCAGUUACAGUUGAAGAUUUACAAAAACUCCAGGUUGGUUAAAACAAGUUCUAAGUGCUUUGUAUGUUUUCAAUAGUCAUGAUAACUAAUGGGAAACUGUAAGAGGUACAGUGUUCUCUGGAGCUGGGUUGUUUGACUGUUUAAAAAUGAAAUACUAACUUGACAAAAAUAAAAUA